CCUGCAGCGCUGAAGGCGCAGCUGGACACAAAGCUCUUCGGGCAGCACCUGGCCAAGGACGUGGUGCUGAAGGCGGUGAUGGGCUUCAGCAACAACCCCAGCCCCAAGAAGCCGCUGACGCUCUCGCUCCACGGCUGGGCUGGCACCGGCAAGAACUUCCUCAGCCAGAUCCUGGCGGAGCACGUCCACCGCGCCGGCCUGCGCAGCAAGUUUGUCCAUCUCUUCUUGGCCACCCUGCACUUCCCCCACCACGACCAAGUCAAGCUCUACAAGGAACAACUGCAGAACUGGAUUCGGGGCAACGUCAGUGCCUGUCCCCACUCGGUCUUCAUUUUUGAUGAGAUGGACAAAAUGCACCCAGGUCUCAUUGAUGCCAUCAAGCCAUUCUUAGACUAUUACGAGCAGGUUGAUGGGGUCUCCUACAGGAAAGCCAUCUUCAUCUUCCUCAGCAAUGCAGGUGGUGACUUAAUUAAUAAAGCAGCUCUUGACUUCUGGACAAGUGGAAAGCACAGGGAAGAGAUUCAGCUGAAGGACCUGGAGCCCAUGCUGUCUGUAGGAGUCUUCAAUAACAAGAAUA